CAUCCAUCUUGAAGAUAACCCAGCCUAUUUGGACGAUCUUCUUCUUCAUAAUCUUCACCAUAAUCACCACCAUUCUUCUUUCAUCACCAUAAGCACAGUUCUACUUAAUUAAACCAUAUACCCAUCCUCGUGUCAACCAUGAGUACUUCAGUUCCUAUGCCAACAGCUCGCCAAGCGGCGUUGCAUGAUCGGUUCAAUCACUACCUCAGUCUCGAAAAAGAUGGUCCUCCUCUCAAAGCAUUGACCGCGGCCAAAGAGCUGGUCGAGGAGGAAGGUCUGAAUCCUUACCAUGCGGCGCACUUGCACAUGAAACUGGCUGGAAUCCCCGAAGUGGGAGUCUACCAUGCCUCGGAGGCCGUCAAAAUUUAUACCAAGCUGAAGGAAAGCGAUCCAAGCAUCACAGACAUGUGGCGCAGGGCAUCGGAAGUCUUGCAAGAAAGAGAAAACGCUGAGAAGGACUGGAAGCAGUCUCAGAAUGCUAGGCUAAGGACAAACGGCGGAACGGAAAACGAGGAGGCGAUUCGACGACAACGUUAUAAUGAAUACUUUUCCAAGCUCGAACAGGAGCCACAGUCAAGCUCUGGCGGAAUGGACAUAGACGAACGGAAUCCCUUGUUUCACUACCCGGCUAAAAAGGAGAGGACUGGCGAUUUGGGUGGUGACGAGGAGGAAGAGUAG